AUGACCCCCAAGACGACGUCACAACAUCAAGGGGCUGGAGUUCCGCUUCCCGGACAAGUCAUCAGCGUUGCCAUCUCUCUUGCAGCGACAACUGUCCUGACACUGUUUCUAACUCAAAGAGUUCUCGUCAUUAAAGCUUGGAGGAGAUUGCCGCCGGUCGUUUGGUUGGUAUUCGCAAUAUAUGCGGACUCAUACGUCUUCGUCGUUGCUACUGCUGUCCUCCAGCACUCGCUCGGGGUCAAUUCGAGCUACGGUAUAUGUGAAGCGGCAAUCAUUCUCUGCCUCGUGUGCUAUGUCACGACAAAGUUCAUCUACCUGUUUCUCGCUGAAAAGGCUUACAUCAUUCGCGGUGCAACAAUGCCACGCUUGAGAUCCAGAUUAUACCUGGUCAAUUCGCUGGGCAUGCUCACCAUCUACGUCGCAGUCGUUAUAGUAAAUUUCGUUUUCCGAAUCACGGACAUGGAAAACGGGGAAUGCAUCAUCGGGAUGAAAACUGCGGCGAUGGUCCCUCUCAUAUCCUUUGAUACCGUGAUCAACGUUUACCUGACGAUUAUGUUUCUCAUACCUUUGAAGAAGCUCUACUCUUUCAACAACAUGCCACGGACGCGAGCCAAUAUCCGUCUUCGCAUGGCCGCAUUCCGAACAUUCUGCGGAGCAGUCUGCACGCUCGUGAGCAGCAUUGUUAAUUUAUCCGUCCUGAUGGCCCUUAAUGGUGAGCCGGGAUGGGUAUGCUUGAUGUGCUGCAACUGUGACAUCCUCUUUUCGGCGAUCGUGAUCCAAUGGGUCACGUCCAGGGACAACGCCGGGACCAUGAGCAGCAACUCCUCU